GCGGAUGACUUAUGGGACAAAUCUAACAAGACUAGCUAGACCCGUACGGACUUGAGAGAGGAAGGAACAUCCAGGAACAUUCGGGUUUAUUAGUUUUAGGGAAUCGAUCCCUAUUUCUUUCUUCUUCGACAGGUUUUGAUCCUAAUUUCUGCUUCAGACAAACCUAAUCAAUCCAUCACAGGUUUUGAUCCUAAUUUCUGCUUCGGAAAAACCUAAUCAAUCCAUCAAAUAAGCAAAGACAGAAAUCAAAUAUAGAUUGAACUUGGGAGGAAGCGGUCGACGAUGGCUUUAAAUCCACAACUGUUUCCAAAUGGGAUGCCUGUUCCUUUUGUGAACGAGAUGUUCGUUUUUGCUAGAGAAGGUGUCGAAUUUGAAAUUGACAAGAUCCCAGGAACACAUGGUGGUAAUGUCAAAGCGAAGGGAACAAUUUAUAUGUCAAACGUACGCAUGGUCUUUGUUGCUAAUAAACCAGUUGGGAGCUUUGGAGCCUUUGAUAUGCCCCUGCUCUUCGUGCGAGGAGAAAAGUUCAAUCAACCAAUUUUUUUCUGCAACAAUAUCUCAGGUUCUGUGGAUCCUGUAGUUCCAGAUGGCGAACACAGAGCUCUCUACUCGCCUCAUUCCUUCAAGAUCUUAUUCAAGGAAGGAGGAUGCGGUACCUUUGUCCCACUGUUUUUCAACUUGAUUGCUUCUGUGAGACAGUACUCUCAACAUUCCGCAGCACAGUUUGCUGCUUCCCAAGCAGCGCCACGGGUUGACCCACUACAAGCAGCCCAAACUCCGGUUGAUGAGAUGAUGCGAAGCGCAUAUGUUGACCCGAAUGAUCCAACCAGAAUCUUCUUGCAGCAGCCUGUACAGGAGUCUCAGCUGAGGCGACGCACAUACCAAUCCCAGCCCGCGGAACACUCCAUGUGAUUAAUCGUUUUUAAACUUGCACUCACAUUGUCUACAAUCGCUGGAUGGAUGCCUAAAGAUACUCGAAAAACAGACCUACCACUAGUACCAUUACUGCUAUCUUAUGAUGUAUUAUUCUGUUUAUUACUAUUAAGAAAUAACAAUAAUUUUGGGAUUUACCUGAAAAUUGCAGUUGUCUAUAAUAUUUGUAAUAUUUCACAGUAACUGUGGAAGCUUAAAAGUGAAACUGAGGGUUGAUAAAAAAAGAAAAUGACGGUGCACCAUGCCUUUGCGACCCA